ACCAAUAUGGCGGACAUGGCGUCAAAGUUAGAGUCCUUGUGAAAAUGUAAAAAGAGCUUUGUUUGGAUCUGUUUGGGUCCAUCACAGCGUAUAAGAUUCAUUUAGCAAAAAAUGCCUCCAAAAAAGGCAUCGCCUGCAGCAAAAACAGCUCCUAAAACUACAACACAAAGGUCUGCAGCAAGGUCUACCACUAAACCCGUGCAGGGGACGAAGAAGCCAAGCACGACAGCUGCCAAACCAGGGGCUAGCGGCGUGAAGGCCGGGGCUACAGCAAAGAAAGGUGGUACAUCGCCUACUAAAGGACAAUCCAAAGGAAAGGAGACCUCCGCAGCGCCUCAGGUACUUGAAAAUGGUCCCAGUACAAAUCUGCCCCUUUUGUUUCCAUGGUAACUUUUGAUAUCAGCAUUUAACGUCAUUAGCGGGGUCUAUUUAAGCAAUAGAAAACGUUUUCCGUGUUUGCAUAGCCUGAUAUAAACCCAAGAGGGGUUGGGAGAAUUCAAGACAGUUAUGCAAACCCUGGACUUCAUCUCAGGUUUGCACAAUUAACUGUCUCGAAUUCUCCCAACCUCUCUCCCUAAUUUUGAGCCCUAAUAUGCUCAUUGUAUAUAAAAAGGAAUACCUGAUUCCAGGUUACAAGGCAGGUUGUGCACCAUGAGUGUAUGAGAUUGGCCUAAUUUUCUUGAAAAAAUUGAAAUUUUAUCAACUGAGAGCAGAACCCCCUGCUCCCGCCCCCCAACCAGGCCCACCCUCAUGAGCACAAUCAUCCCAUUCAUUAUGACAUGGAUGUGGCGAGGACAUCAUAGAGAGUCUUAAAUGAGGUACAGACUGGUGUCAAACAUAAGUGUCUUGUCAGUGAUGAGAAACAUGUACCUGCAAAAAUGUCACAGCAGAAACCUCACUACAUGAAUGAUCUAAAUCAUUUUAAAAUUUUGGGAAAAUUGUCUGCAAUUAUUCAGAACUAAAACACAGAAAAAGUCAAUAUGCAAUGUUAUCCUGUAGAUUUGGUGAUCCAUUUGAGAGAGAAGGAAACUUGUGCUAUAUCUGGGAGAGUUGGCAUACCUGCAACCCAGUUGUUAAUUUCAAUGUAAUUUUGUAAAAAUUAGGCUUAUCUCUUUACUUUUUUUGACAAACAACCUUCAUAUUUUUAAAAGGCUAAAGGCAAGAAAUGGACAAAACAGGAUGAAUCUGCUGUUGUCAUACAGAAAUAUGCCAGACGUCAUCUGGCUAAAAAAGAGCUAGAAAAAAGGAGAAAAGAGAAGCAGGACUAUGAAGAGUUAAUGGACAAGAUUCAAAAGGAGGUUGGCUGACAUUUCAUUCUAUAAGUAAUUGACAGUAUAUUAAUCAGUUAAUCAGUAAUGAUUGUGGUUAUCCAACAUGAUUAAAACUUUGUGUUUCUCAAAAGUUUCAACCUGGUGUCAUUCAAACAAAACUAGCCAGCUUAAUAAGUAGCUUGAGCAAAGCAACAUCUUACCAAAAAAAAAACAGUGAGCUCCUUUUGAAGUGCUAAAUUUACAUUUCUUUUUCUACAAGUUUACAAAAUGUGAAAUGGAUGUAGGAAAUUGAAUGAUAAAGCAUUGCUCUGAUGUGGUAAUUGAAUCACCUUUUAAAACAGAUUAAAUUCUAAUUUUGUUGUUGGCAUGGAUGAAACAAUUGACAACAGCUUGUUGGAAGGAAAUUUUAUUUCAGGCCCUUGGGCCCGUUUCUCAAAAGUCCCGAUAAUUAACGGGCCCGGUAAGCUGUCUCCGUUUACAUUAAAGAUAGAGGUUUCAAUAGUUUUGCAUCUAACACGGUAAAACUGUCAGUUAAUGAAACAAAAUGGAGUAGUUUGCUAGCCAGGACCCGUGCUCUUAUUCUUUAUAUUUCGAUUUGAAUAUUUGAUUUCGGGCCCGUAAAGGUACAGGGACUUUCGAGAAACGGGCCCCAGGUCUUGGCUUUAUUGUUGGUCUUGCUUAUAGUGAAGCUUUACUGAAAUCCAGCAUUUGUCUGUUUGAACCCCAUUGCAUGUAGCUGUCACUAAUCUCUCCAGCAUUGCAAGUUGUCAGAGGAUGAUACCCUUGAGGCUGUGCAAUAAAGCAUUAUAAUUUGGUUCUCUAUAUUUUAUUAAUUAACAGUAAAAAAAUGCACUGAAGGCAAAGUUGAAUAAUUCCCAAGAGGUAGAAUCUCUAUAAUCAUGUGAGUAAUAUUAUACUAAAUUAUUAUAAUUAUUAUGUUUUAAUUUUGAUAUUGAUGGCAGGCUUGGCUAAAGCUAGUGCAGAUGGAACGAGAAGAAGCAGAGCGUGAGCGAAAGAAAGAAGAAGAAGAGAGAAGAAAAAGAAAAGAAGAGGCAAAAAGAAAAAGUAGAAUUCUUGAAGCUGCCUUUGAUGGGGAUAAUGAUGAAAUUUUAACCGUGCUAGAGGAGGUAAGGUAUAAUUCUGAUUUUCCAGUAUUACCCUUGCGAAAUGUGAUUUAGCAGCGGUUAAUAUUUCCUGCCUCUGGCCAGCACAUAUGCUUGAAUUAUUUCUUUAGUACUGUGAGACGAGCGAGCAUCUGGUCAUUUACAUUGCCCAUUAAUUUACAUUAAGGUACUAUGGCAGGCUAAAAAUCUUAAAUUUUAAAUCCUUGGGAAGGAGUACUCUCCAGCCCAGGAUAUAUACAUGAUUGUAUUUUAAAAUUUCUUUUCUCAAUUUUUAGGUUCCUAUGUUUUAAACCCCUAAGGAAUGGGGCAACCAUUUUAUCUGAUACGAAUCUGAUACGAAAAAGUUGCCUAUACCUUGACCUUUUUUUCCAGGCCUACGAGGAAGACUCUAACAGACCAGACCUUUCUGAGCCUGCUCGGCAAUCCCUGAUAACAAGACAUCAGUUGGCUCUUGUGGAUUGUGAGGACGCUAACAAUAACACUCCUCUAUCAGAGGCUGCAGGAGGAGGACAUGAAGACACCAUUAAAAUGCUGAUACAAAGAGGGGCAAAUGUGAAUUCCAGGGGUAGAUAUCAGAGGGUUCCACUGUGGCGUGCAGCAUUUGGAGGACAUCUUCAGGCUGUGCAGGUAUGCUUUUUGGACAAAUUUGUAAAUUUCUGGACCAUGCAUGGCAUGGUGGUAAUGGUUUUUGUAAUGAUUGCAUUUAAUUACUGGUCUGAAAAUUAUCAUUUGUUUUUAACAAAAUAAUGGUUGGACCAGUUUAAUAUGCCACCCAACUCAUGCAUAAUAAUAAUAAUGAUAAUAAUAAUAAUAAUAAUAAUAAUAAUAAUGAUAAUAAUAAUAAUAGUUUAUUAACACUUCUAGCAGUUAAAAACUGAAUAAACAGUGCAAUUUACAAUAUUAUUGGAUACUAAUAAUUAAGUCUAUUUACAAUAAUAAGUAUUCAGGGUUGUCAUUAAGAGCCGGGGGCCGGGGAUUUUCCCCGGCUACUAAGAGAGUGGUCCCCGGCUACUUUUAUUGGAAAAUAGAUGAAAAAUAGAACCAAAAGAAAUCCCAAGCCGUUUGAUUCCCCGCCUACUUGUUGUAUUUACCCGGCAACUUGAAAUUUUAGUGACAACCCUGAGUAUUACAAUAAUAAUAAUUAAUAAUAAUUAUUGGAAUCAAGAAAACCUAAAAAUAGAAAAGGUAUUUGCUCUAUUUGUCCUUUUUAUCGUUGUAGUGGUUUUAGUAUUUCCUGAUCUUAACUGAUAUUGGAUAGAUCUUGUCAUAACUUGUGGAGCUAAGAAAGAUAUGGGGUGGCUCUCAUUCCUCAUAAUAUCCGCUAUCAACUUCUUGCAUAUGAAUAUCCUGCGAUCUGCUAACGAUGUCAAAUUUGCUUGGUGUAGAGCUUGUUGAUAACUAGAGUUUGGAAAUAUUAUUCUUAAAGCUCUUCUUUGUAUGGAUUCAAUAGCAUCAGAAAGGUAUGCAGGAAUAUCUUGCCAUACUUGCGCAGCAUACUCUAAGACCAAUCUGAUAUUAUAUGUGUAUAGCUUGAGCAUGUCUUCUGGCAUGACUCAGGACUGCGUGCUUCAACAACCCUAGAGCGUACAAUCCUUUAGCCCCCUUGGUAAUUACAUAUUCAACGUGAGCAUUCCAUGCAUUAUGCGCGAGUCUCAUGACUGCAGACUAAAAAAUUAAUAUCAAUCUCAUGGGUCAAGGACAUGAUUGGUGAGUCAUGCCUGACUCUCCAAUCUAAAAGAUCUUGCUCAUUCAUUGUAUUUGCAAGAUGGUGGAUCCACCCUAUGCAGUGAGAUAAUUAUUGAUAAAUCAAUUAAUUAAUAUGUACUUGAAGUCUCUAUUUCUUAUAAGCUUGUUGGCUUCUCAGAGAUUUCCCUGCCACAGUCACACAGUCAGCAGCUGUAUACUAUUUAAUGUUAUUUACCUAUUUAUUAUGUUUUUCAUUCUACUCACUGUUAUUUAUUCUGUGUGGCAAAAUAAUAAAAUAAUAAAAAUAAAAUAAACUAGUGGAACCUGAACCUUGUUUUAACAUGAACACUGUUUCACAUUAGACCCUUUUAGAACAUGGAGGUGAUCCCAGAUUAGUUGCAGAUGAUGGCACGAAUGCAAUGCAGGUCAGACUUUGUGUUUUGCUUGAAAGUGAUGUUGGUGUCAACCUUUUCAGAUUCAGGUUUUCAGGUCAUUAAGUUUUGUUUACUGCAUGGUUUUUUAUGCUCCAUAGGUAGCCGCAAUAACAGCCGUUGAACAGAUAUUCCAGGAUUGGGACAUCAAGCAAACGGACAAAUUGCUGGAAAAGCUGGAUGGUGAAAGAAAUGCCAAACAAGAGGAGGAAAGAAAGCUAAGAGAGGCUGAAAGCAACAGGUCAGCUGUUUAAUAAUAAUAAUAAUAAUAAUAAUAAUAAUAAUAAUAAUGAUAAUAAUAAUAAUAAUAAUAAUAACAAUAAUAAUAAUAAUAAUAAUAAUAGUCCAUUCAAUUUAAUUGGGACUCGUUCAAUAUAAUUGGGACUAAUUGCUGUUAGCCGUUAUUGCCUGUUAUCAGCUAUUAGAGCCAAUCAGGAUCAAGAUUAUCUUUGGCUAAGAGCUAGUCUGAUGUUAUCAGAUAACAAACCCAUUAGAUCCAAUGGCAAGCUUGUUAGUGAAUAACGGGAUAACAGCUAAUAAUACUUCACCCAUUAUACCUAAUCACAAGUUUGUUAGAGAAUAACAGGAUAAUAUGCUACAUUCCACAAGUGUGAAUUUGACCCGUGAGGUAAAAAUCUAUUUCAUGACAAGUCAGUGCAUCAUUCUCGAGUACAUACUGGAAGGUUGCACGCAUAUAUCCACAUUUGAUCCAUUAGCUGCCAUGAACUCAUCUAAAACUCUUUUUGGUUUAUUUAUCAUGUUUUUGAAAAUGACGUCAAAAUUUUACCGUUUUCAAAUUACCGAUAGGCUUUUUAACCCAGCACCUACGAAACAGUGGAAUGUUCAAGAAUAGAACAAGAAAAUCAGAAAAUUACUUUAUGAUCUUUGAAGAAGCGUAGCUCAUAACAAGCAUGCAACUAUCCAACGAUCUCUCGAUAAUAGGUCAGUGAUACAAUAGUUGUGAAUAGGAAACAGAACAAAUCAACGCUGCCCAGAGGGAGUUUAUCAGUUAUCAAACUUUUAAUUAUUAUUAAUAAUAAUAAUUAAAAGUCUUCAUUCAUCAAAAGAUAGAAAUACAUAUCUUUUGUUCCAAGUAAGUGUAAGAAUUUUAAAAAGGUAAAAAGUAAGAAUUAAAAAAUCUAGUAUAUUACAUAGCCUCCCCACAGAUGUCCUUUGGGGUUUGUUCGUCACUCAUUCAUUUCUCCCCCACGGAGAAAUGAAUGUGUGACGAACGAACCCCCAAUGGACGUCUGCAGGGAGGCUAGUAUAUUACAUAGCUAAUUCAUAUUUAAAAGCUAAACGAUUAAUAAAAGAGUUUUUAAAGUGCAUAGUGUUAAUCUUAGGGUUAAAACAAGUUUCUUUCCCAAGAUUGUAACUGGAUGGUUUAACACGAGGCAUAAUAGAUAAAAGUGGAUGUCCUUUAGCAUUAGAAACUUUUCUGAAAAUUUUAUGGUCUUGCCUUGUUUCUGAGUAUAAAUUAGCCAACAGUGUUGUUUCUAGGCAGGAUGAAUUUAAAAAUAAUGGCUUCUCUGCUUGGAAACGAUAACUUUUCAAACAUCUGUUGUAUGCAUGUAUGAACAUUGUGAAAUGCAUUACUUUCCUUAAAUGUAAUGUAUCAGUUAAUUUGAUGUGACAUAAAGUUUUUUUAAACUUUGUGUGAUAUAUUAAUUUACCCGAACAAAAAACAUUCAUCUGCCAAGCAUGCUACAGGGUUUGAAAAGUGCAUUAAUAUUAUCAUGAUGGUAGAGUUGCAGUGGAUGUAAGUGAAGGAAGAUGUGACAGUGGAACUUUUUGAGUCAAGUUCUCUAGUCACUCUAGUUAUUAUCUGUGGGUAAAAGUGAUAUCUAUACAUCCAGUGAUACGAAGAGCCACAAAAAAAAGUUCUUAGCACGUUCCACAAAGAAAAAAAAAAAAACAAUUUUGUUUGUUUCUGUUAAGCUGCAACUUAACAUCAACAUCAAUAUGGUCUAUGUAAAAGGGGAAAAUGAGAAUCUCAUGUAAAAUGAUUGUGUACUUACAGUCCCUUUAAAUACUAACGUGUUAGUUUUCAGAUGUGACUCAGAUGUGACUUGUUUUGUCGUUGAGAGGAAAACAGUCAUGUACCAUCAUUUCUUAUCAUAUUAGUAAUAUUCUAACUAUUUAUUCUCUUUAGAUUGGAAAAAGAAUUAGAAAAAGCAGAAAAAGAAAAUGAAGCACACCAGAAGGAGGUAACAUAUUUUGAAAUGAGUCUCUUGCAAGGGUACUUUGAUAUUUUUGUACAAAUGUGGUAAAUUUAAAUACUAUUAUCUUCCUUUCAAUUUGCAUGUUUUGUGGUUUCUUUUAAGUUGGCCAAAGCACACUGUGAAUUGAACAAAAGGAUUUUUGAACAUGACAAAUGCAUGGCAGAAGGAAUGACAGACAAGAAAGAAGUCACUUUACAGGUGUGUUGAUCACUUAAGUAAAAAACCCACACUAUAGCUACACAACUCCGCAGAAUACUCUGUACCUUGCAUAUAUGGACAGUGAUACUACCCCGUAAGUGGUGGUCAGAGACAGCUGUUUUAUUUGUAUGUGCGAUUACAUCAGUUACUGGCCAUAGCACAAAGUUGCUGAAUGAGACCAUUGCCUUGAGAUGAAAGAGUUCAUUACUAUUCUCACAGGGAACGAGUCUAGUUUAGUUUGUAUUAUAUAGACAAUAAACAAUUUCCCACCUCUCUGUUGUCUGUUUUUUUUUUUCUCUCCCAUAAAUUAUCCGUGUACAAUUUAUGUGAAAUUGUUUGUGACAGCUAAAUGAUCCUUUAAUAAGGUCUUUUACCAAAUCUAAGUUGAGAAUGCACCGUGCAGCGCUUUAUUCAGUGGUCAUAGAGUACUAAAGUGGUGAUAUCAUAAAAAUGAAAUUCCUGAAAUUAUGGGAUUUGUCAGGAUAUUCUGAAAGAACAAUGUCCAAGAGGCCUACUUGCCAAAAAUGAGCAUUUCAGGGCAAAUUGUCUCUGAGAUCGUAGCCCAGUUAUGCUUAGAAAACUCCAUACAAACCCUUCUAAAUUUUUUUGGGGUCGACCAAUUUUUAUGACGUCACACUUUAGUACUCUAUUGUGUUUCAAACUAAUGUUGCUCAAGGAACAGUGAACAAAAGGCUCUAUGCAAAGGACUGUUUAGAAGUGAAUCGUCAUAAAUUGUACAUGGAUAAUUUAUAGGAGAAAAUAAAAACAGAUAACAGUUUAAUUAAAGAGAUAUGAAGUUGUUUACAUUGCCUAACAACAAACUGGAAUCCUCUGCUCCUUGCUGUACUAGUUACAGUGCCACCAGGAUCAUUAGGUGGGUGUAGGAUUUUGAUUGGGCCAGGGGUUGGAGCGGGUAGGUUACCUCAGACACAAAGUUUAAAAUGAGAAUAACAUCAAUGCAGGCACCCAAGGUAGCAUGAACCCCCCCUCCCCCCCUGCUAUAUCUGCCCCUGGAUUGCAAGCUUUUGUUUUAAUUAAUUACAAUGACACAGUACACUCAAGAAGACUACAUAAAAACUGUUGAGAAAAGCAUCAGCUAUUACGUAAAAACACACAGGUUAUAUGACGUUGUUGUGGUCGGUUAUAUGACGUUAUUGUGGUCGUGCAGGAAUGCAAAGGAAAUGUUUUUUUUUUGCAAACAAAAGGGCCUUGAAAAGACUAGAAAGUAGGUCAAAAGACUCGUAAAAGAUAACGUCAUCAGUGGUAGUCUAGUGGUUCUGCUGAUUUGUUUCGGAUUUCUCUCGAUAAAAAGCAAUUUACUUAACUAAACGUACUGCAAGUUGCAAAACUCAUUUUUUUGUGUCUGGCACUGUUACUGUUACCACUGAAAAACCUGUCUGUGGACUACUCUGUCUUGUUUGUACGUGUAUUACUAUUUUGUUGUGUUGAGGAAGUCUUUACUCAAUUGGUUUAUUCAUUUGAAGGCAAUACAUGAUGCUGAAGCAGUGCUGGAACUUGCUAGAAAGAAAGCUGAGGCUUCCAAAGAGGCGCUAGCGCAGGUAAGAUGUUGUCAAUUAUGCACAGCUAGCUUAUCAGUGUUCCAAGCUUAAAUUUUUUCAAAGUCACCUUUUGGCGACCUAAAUUUACAGCAAUGGUCGCCAGACAUUAAAUAUUGGUCGCCGGGAAAGGAGAGUCACUUUAAGCACCAUUACUUGGGAGUUAAUAAAAUUUAAAUGGCUGCCAAACAUUUUGGAGAUGCACGCGAUAUCUCACAAGGGUUUAAAUAACUGAACACCAGGGUGAAACAGGCAAAUUAUAACGAUAAGAACACGUAAAAGCAAUAUUUCAUGCAAAUGAUUAUUUCACUUUCUCUUAUUAAAAGUAAGACCAUGCAUAGACACCAACGUGCCGCAUUACCAGCAACAAAGGUCACCAAAUCGUCGGGCGACUAUCGCGGCAACUUUAGUCGCCAUUUUUUUUCUAUUCACCUUGGCGACCAAAAAGAUCGCAUCUUGGAGCGUUGCUUACAUAAUUGUUUAAGCUUUAGUAACCCAAGUAAGUUAGGAUGCUCCGCUUUUAACCGUAUCCUGUGACUCCUGAGGUGCGGAAUGAUGAAGUCUUGUAAGUUGAUUCUAACUUUUCAGUCCGUAGAAGAAGAAGAAAAGAAGAAGAAGAAAACCUCUUUAGCUGUAAUUUCCAAUGCUGCUAUUUGUUUUUCUGCUUGCUACAAACUGCUAGAAUUUAGAAAUUUUGCCACUUUUAGGAAAUGAGAGGGUGAUGACGAUAUGUGUUAAGCAGGGCUUAAAUUUGGUUAUUGUACUUUUUUUUAGGCCAAACUAAAACUCAGAGAGCAGCAUAAAACAGAGGAGCGCUCUUCAGAAGGUGAGAAGUAUCCCUGCAAGAUUAACAAAAAGUUAAGACUGAAAAUCGAGAAUAAUGGUCUUCUUAAAAGACGAGCGGGCAAGAUUACAAUGUUUGUGCCUUAUCCCGGAGUUUUCGCUCGUCAUUAGCGACCUUUAGAUUUCAGGACAACUAAGACGACGAGAUUUGACUUAAAGAUUUUCCACCCAUUCUCAAAAAAAAAUAGACACCCCGGAAAGCUUCAUUUCACGUUUUUGAAUGGGGUUGAGCCCUGUCCCAAUAGCAAAAUGACACCAUAAAACUUCUAACAUUUGAUAACCUUUUGGGGGUUUUUCGCUGAAACUCGUAUGACGACGGCUUCACAUUUUUCCCGCCAAAAUAGGGAGCUUAAGCAACGACGACGGCGACGGCUACGAAAGCGUCACUUAAAAAGUGAGUUUGCGCUGCCUCAAACUUUACCGCGCUUAUUCCAUCUCGUUUAAUUCGUCAAAUGAGUUGGCAAUUUUUGGGGGGUUGAAUUCUAAAGGACUGUAUCAAAGUUCAGAAAAAGAAAAGGAAAGUUGUUGUUGUUGUUGUUGAAAUUAGGCACUUUCACGUUGUAGUCGUGCAACGACGGCAAAGAAGUGUACAAAAAAGCGUGAUGCACGUGCAAAGUUGUUGUUUUGCUAAUCUUAACCUAUUGCGUUAUUGCCGUUCUCGUUGACGUCGCUGUUGUCGUUGUUGUGACAAUGAAUCACGCGCGAACACUACUUAGGUAUUGAGAAAAUCUCUUUCUCGUAGUCAUCUUCGUCGUAGAAUAAUUAGAGACCUUUAGAUUCUAAGUAAGACGAGGAUGACUACUAGUCGACUGCAGCUUCGUCUUAAAGCAGGAACUAUCAUUGAUGAUAUUAAGCCGAGUGAACAUUGCUUUUUUUCUCUCAAAAGGUGCUGAUUUAAAAGGGAUAAAAGUAAUGAUAAGAGACCUUGAUGACGUUUUGUUUAGAGAUGUGGGCGGAAAGAUAGCAGCAGACGGAAGGUACACAGCCAUUGUACUCACAUUUUAUUUAAAAAUAAUAGCAUUGCUACAUCUAUAUUAGACGCAGAUAGUUCCAUAAACCAAUCACAACUCGAAGCAAGAAUUUGCACGUGUAUUCGGCACCAAUCACUAACUGGAAAAGUCACGGUUGGAUUGGGUUUGUCAGUCUUUACCAAAUGUUAUCAAAUACUUUUUUUUUACUACUUUUAUUUUACUUUUUUUUUUGCAGAUGGCCACUGUUGAUCGAUACAUCCGCACAGAGUUCCACUUUCUUGCGUUACCGUGACACGAACUUCAUGAACGCACUUAAUCCUAACCACAUGCAGCCUGAAGUGAUUCGUAUGAGUCUCUUGGGGGCUUUGAGGUCUGUAAAAUAAACCAGGGUGACUGUCUUAGUAUACUUUUUUUCUCGGUUGCGUGGUUGCAAGCAAAAACGACUUUUCAUGGGCUCUCAGCGAAAGCUCUACUUUUGGUAAUAGAAGAUUUUACUCACUCUUGGCGGGAACGCUUCUUCGGACAGCCGAACUCGUACGAACGGGCCGCGAGCGCAUGAUUGCCUUCGGAUACCCUGAUCGUCCCCCAGCACGCCUAAACUGAACCAGUCGCUUAAAAUGGAGAGGGGGAACGUCUUUGACUGUGAUUUUUAGAAGCGCGUUUGCUUUUCAUUGACGUGCAACAUAAUAUUUUGUAUUCUUCUUAGAAUGAAAUGAUCACUUAGGAGAUGUUACGCUGGUCGGUUUUGAUCGAAUUUUACUUGUUUGUUUGUUAUAAAUUCUUGUCUGACUAGUUUGGGCCAAAUUUUACCUAAUUCACGCCACAGACAUCCCAAACUCAUUAAGCGAGCGCUUGUUAGAGAUUAAUACUUCUGGUAAUGUUGCGUAACUAAGCGAUUUAUAGGGUUUAUAUGGAAACAGUAAAAAUUCGAAAAACUCUUCUUAUCUUAGCUUAUCACAAAGAAACGAAAUAAAAUACACUUGUGCAGUAUUUUGUGGCCUUGUGUAUUUCUGAGGCGAUUUGGGCUGGUUUUGCCAUCCUGUAGUCCUAACUUAUAAGACAGAAUGGCAGAAGCACACUGAAACCAGCCCAAAUCGCCUUGAAUAAAACACAAGGACACAAAAUACAGCACAAGUAAGUGUAUUUUAUUUUGUUUCUUUACAAUAAGCUAAGAUAAGGCGAUUUUUUCCCAGUUUUUUCUGUUUCCAUAUAAUCCCUACAAAUAGCUUAAUUCAUUACUGACGCAACAUUACAAGACGUGAUAAUUUUUAACAAGCGAUGGCUUAAUGAGUUUGGGAUGCCUGUGUUCGCGCCAACUGACAGUAUUACUAAGACCUACUGAGCCGAACCACACUUACAGAGUGACAGCUCAAAGAGGUCCGAGAAUAUCUUCUUUAGACAUAUUUCGCUGUGUUUUUAAGUUGCUCUGAUGGCACGCAUAUUGGUUUACGUUGUUGUAGGUAUGGAAAGCCAGCUGUCUUGGAUAUGAUGGACGUCGAUAUGUUUGAAACUGCUGCCAUGAAGUUUGAUGAGGUCCAAAAGGGACUUAUGGCUUUACUAAUGAGCAAAGACCUGUUGAAGGACAACAAGUAAGUAUGGAGUGUUUUCACAUGACGUCACGGCGGCCAUAUUGGUGUCCCAAAACAAUGAAAUGGCGGCCAUGUUGGUGUCCCAAACCAAUCCUGUGGGAGUUUAACUGUUUUCUUAUGCAAACGCUUUCUUUUGUUCUAAUAAAUUUGCGUAGAUGCUGGCCACGUGAGUGAAAACACUCUAUAUCAUGAUUUAGUAUUUACCCAAUCAGUGAAUAGCAAUUUUCGCGCGUUUUGAUUGGCUCCCGUAACUUGGAAUAUCCUUGGCUUUUCACUGUUUUGCGACCGGAACCAAGAUGGCGUCUCGUUUCAAGACAUUUUCGGAAGAUGGAAUUUGAGCGAUAAAUGAAGCAGUGGUACAAAGAAAAACCAAAAAAGGUGACAAACGUUUCUUGUCGGUGUUUACUGGUAGGUAGAAAAUUAUUUUCAUGUUGAAUUUGCAACAAAAGUCGUUAAAAUCACUUUACAAAGCCCCGGAAUGUUUGUAAAUGAGUAAACAAAGUUCCUACUAAGUGAAGUUUUUAAUUUACAAAGAGUUAUUUUCUUCAUUUCUAUCCAACUGAUUUGGUAAAUACUAAAACAACUAUUCUCCUCAGGGUCGGUGAACAGCGCUAGAUAUAUUCCUGGACCCUUCGCGUCUCGGUAUAUCCCCACACCACUAUUCACCUCCCCGUGGGGGAAUAGUUGUAUAAUAGUUGUAAUUGUCAGUUAAGCGUUGUGCUAUGGGAAAAAAGGACAAGGAUAAUUCAAAUAUUGGUCACGUUCUUCCCAGGAAACUAAUCAUAUCUCGAGGCAAACUUUUGAAGGUAAUGCGAAUCGCGGGAAAUGUGUUUGUUUAAGACGCAACUUCACUGAUUUUAACGGUUCUGAUCGGUUGAGAAAGUGACCGAGUAUCUGGGGCCUAUUUCCCGUAAGCCCCGAUAAUUAACGGGCCCCUAAAUCUGUUGUUGUUUACAUUCAAGAAAGGGGUUUCAACUGUUCUGCAGUCAACAUGAUAAAACUAUCGGUUAUCAUAACAAAAUGGACUGGCUUGUAAUCUAGGCUCCGCUCUUUUUUCGGGCCCGAAAAUGGAGAGCGCAAAUAUUGAUCCACAAAGUCGAGAAAUUUUACUGACAUUUGUAUGUUGGGGGCACGAACUCUUUCUCCACCAUACAAACUUCUGUAAAAUUCCGCGACUAUACGGAGCUAUAUCAUCGUAGUUUUUAACAAAUCACUUUCACACCUGGCACCUUUACUUAUUUAAAGGUGUUCUUUCCAAACAUGUUGAUGGAUUUUCGCUCUAACUUGUCCCAGUCAAAAGUUAAAAAAGUCCGCGCGAUUUGUGAAAGCACAAGAUACAGCUAAGUUGAACCGGGAGUAUGCUUUUAGUUAUCUUAUACUGAUCUAUAUAUUUUUUAAGCUUGGGUUAAUUCAACAUGUUUUGCGGCAUGAGUGGGGCGUAAGUUUCAAACCAAUUUUACUGUUCUUGUCGUCUUACCUAUUACGAAUAAUUUCAUUCCCUUCGUUGUGUAGAUUUCUCGAGCUGGUCCGGCCUGGGGAUGGAGAGGAAUACAGCAAGACAAGUUUCCUUGGAGCAAGAAUAGAAAAAUUUAUGUUUAUUAUAAUCACUCAACAGUGGAACCCACCAGAGCGUUUGAUGAACCAGACAUAUCCCAUUCGGGUCAUCAUUCCAUCUAGACAUGAUGUGUGAUAAAUGAAGUUCAGUGUUCUUAAAAUUCGAGAAAGGGAAGGCAAAGAAGAAGCACCAACAAACAAAGAAACAAGAAGUCGUGGGAACCUCCGGAAAACGAUGUACAGUUCAAGUGUUAGUGACGUUCGCUUGAGCGAGAUGACAAGAAAGGAGCCUCGUUAACGAAUUAAUAAGGGCUUACGGGACAGUAGCCUGAGAAAAAAGCCGACAUUUUGCGAUGCCACUUCAGGUUUCCCCGCUACAUGACGUCC